AUCAAGAUGGCGACCAGCGACGACGAGCCCAUGCACCUAUACGAAGUGUUUCAAAAUUGUUUUAAUAAGAUUGCAAAUAAACAACCCGAAAAGCCCGGUUUCCAGUCUCCUUAUGGCACGAUGGACAAUGGCAUGUCCUACGGGAACAGUUACGGCGGUACGGGGAGCGAACCGUUCGGACCCGACUCGCCGUAUUUUCCCUUCAGCAAUCCACCUCGUCGCCAGCCAUCAACAGGUCCCACGGUGAAACGGCGGAAAGAGUAUGGGUCGGAUGAAUUCGGCCAUGACUCCCCACGAUACACCUCACCGAAGGCAGGAGGGCUAUAUGGUGGAGAGCCAUACUACCUUGAUGGUGCAAGUGGUGGUACUGGUGAUCCAUGGACAGGUGGUGGUCAGCUGCAGACCGGCCACUACUCUGCAUACAGUUCUCCAGCUAUCCUUUCAGGAGCACCACCGUCUACACAUUUGUCACAGUCUACCUUUCCUCCACCGCCAAUCCAUCUUGCUCAUGAUGCCAUGGCUUACGGAGCUAUGUCGCCAGGUGGCGUUACGAGCUCUCAGCAAGAUAAUUCCCUCCUCGGUACUCAAUCUGCCACAAGUCUUCCACCAAUGUCAAGUUUUCGUGGUGGUGGAGGGCAAGGUCCAGGUCCAGGUGCUGGGACAACCCCCACCACAGCGGGCACCGCUGUGGGAGUUCCUACUUCGAGCCCUGCAACUGCUGCUCUCUAUGUUAGCCCACAGCCAACUACACCAGGGGACACACUUGGCAAAGCAUUGGCAUCAAUAUAUCCCACAGACCAAAGUGUGAGCAGUUACAGUUCAAAUCCCUCAACACCUGUUAGCUCACCUCCUCCACUGACAGGUGGUAGUGGUGGUCAGGCGUGGCCUCCAAGUAAUGCUGGUCCUCACCCCAGCACUCCCACAUCACCACAUUAUGCAGCAGAUCGCACUUUACAUAUGGCUGCCCCUGAACAACAGAGGCUAGAUGCAGCAAUAGGUUUUCUUCGAGACCAUGCUGAGGGCACACGGAUGGAGGAGAGAUUAGAUGAUGCGAUUAAUGUACUUCGCAACCAUGCAGAGAGCCAAGCUUUGGGGCUGCAUGCUGUUGCAUCAUCUACAUUGCAGACACAUUCCAAUGGACUACUUAGUUCUUAUCAUCACACCCAGGCAGCUAUUGAGUCACAUCUGCCCAGUCCUCACCCAGGCACUCCAGGAUCAACAGUUGGUGCAACUCAGAGCUCGUAUCCUGGUCUUGCACCUACACCUGACACAGAUGGACCAAUUAAAAUAGAAAGGCUGUCUGGAGCAACAUCCAAAAAGCGCAAGGAACCUCCUGGAGCAAGCUCUGACACCAAACCUAGCAGCAGUGAACUGGGAAGUAGCCAGACCAGUACAGGUCCUAAUACAGCUGUGCAAGCAAACUCAACUUCUGGCCAAAAGGGAUCCAAACGUUCAAGGAGAUAUUGUUCAAGUGCGGAUGAAGAUUGUGAAGACCCAAACACAAAGGCAGUUCGUGAAAAAGAACGUCGACAGGCCAAUAAUGUUCGUGAGAGUUGUUCGAGUGCCGAUGAGGAAGAGGACCCUGAUACAAAAGCAGCUAGAGAAAAGGAGAGGAGACAAGCCAACAAUGCAAGGGAAAGGAUACGUAUCCGGGACAUAAAUGAAGCUCUUAAGGAGUUGGGACGGAUGUGCAUGACACAUCUGAAGACCGACAAACCACAGACAAAAUUGGGCAUCCUCAAUAUGGCAGUUGAAGUGAUAAUGAAUCUUGAGCAGCAAGUACGAGAACGAAAUCUGAAUCCCAAGGCUGCAUGUCUGAAAAGAAGAGAAGAAGAAAAGGCUGAGGAUGGGCCCAAGCUGUCGAGUCACCAUUUGGGUCAUCCCGGACCCCAUUUAACGCAGACGUCAUUCCCUACUAUGCCUGGCCCACCUCUACCACACAACCCAACCCAGCCGCAGUAGCAGAGGUGGAUGCUGAAGGGUUUGCACUAUGAUUUUGGUUGAAGCACAUCUCUUUCACAAGUUAUGAUAUGUGAAUUUUUUCUGAAGCUGUCAGAGUGAGAUGGUGCUCAGUCUUUGUGAAUUACGUGUGCAAACUGAAAAAGCUUCAUGUUUAGUUUAAUAAAUGUGAAGUAAUAUGUGCGCAACUAUCACAGAAAUAUACUGUAUUAACCUCCAUAUCAUUGGUUGGAAGACAGCUAAAAUCGUUUAUUGAACCUGAAAAAGAGUAGUAGUUUUUAAAAGACUUUGUGAUGGUCCUAAUUAAAGAAAAGAGAAGACUUUUGAAGACUUAAGACACUAUGAGCAGUAACCUGCAGUUGCAGAGCAGUGCUUUGCAUGCUUUAUUUUUUAAGAAAAGUGAUGGAUGACAUGCAUCUCUAUGUUUGUAUGUGUAUGUAAAGCAUACAGCCAAACAUCCUUUUGUGGAUGUAGGUACCCCGAGUGAAAGCAGUUAUAUUAAGGCCAGUAAGCAAGUCGUAGCAAGACCAGAACAUUUUCCAUCAGGCAUGUAACAUUUGUUAUGUACCAGUAAUUAUGACCAAACACAUGAGAUUUGUUUGCCUAUAUAUUUUUUUUAUUUUUUCCAUUACAUGAAUAAUUGCUGAUAUGCUAGUACUUGUUCAGUAUGAUGAACAUUCACAGUGCAACAUAGGGCCCAGACAGAUGUAGACAGCUUUGCCUUAUCGGUAAAUAUACAGUUGUAGACAUAGAGCAGAGCGUGAACAUGUGUGUGCUAAAAUUUUGUUACAUAUAAAAUACACUGAAGUAGUGAUAUUUAUGAAUUAAAUAGUUUUAUUCUUUUUGACUAAGUUAAAUAUUGUGCAUUACUUUUGCUAAAUAGUAUUAUUAUUAUUAUUAUUAUAUUACUAUUAUUAUUAUUAUUAUUAUUAUUAUUGUAUCAUCACUGUUAUCAUAGUAGAAGUGUCGACCUUUCUUUAUAUGAAUCGGAAGUUCACCAGAGUGUGUUGCUACAAAAUACAUAAUGCAACAAAUGUCUACUUCUCGGUGACAGUAUUUUCUUUUAAAAUUUUGUUCUUAAAAGAUGUGGAAUUUGUACACUUUUGUGGGUAGUGCAGAAUUUUGGUAAUGUCAGCGUGUAUAGCAGAAGAAGUAGUACAGAGAUUACUCAUCAGAGUUGUGAUCAGAAACAGCCAGUCCUCAUCACUAGUGCCAUACUGUGGAAAACUUCCUGUGGAGUUACAUUGAAAGUAUUUUUAUGUAUAACUUCUGUACAGGAUAUGUUCGUUUUAUGAUGAUAUGCAAUUUCAUUUAUGGACUUGGGAGAGUUAAUAUCCACCAUUUUUUUAAUUAUGUAAGUCAUUUAAUACUCAUAUUUUUUAUGAACUAAGAGUUUUAAAGCAGUGAUGAUGAUUACUUCUUUUUCUUCCUGUUUGUCUAUUCUUUCUUUCUUUCUUUCUUUCUUUUUUUGCGUAUCAGGACUGCUGUAUAAAUUUUGUCACUCAUCUAAUUUUUUAAAUGAUUUUGAACUGUAGUACUUGUGAUUAGAUGAAUGAAUUUUACAGCAGUGCAACCUGUUUGCUGAAUGUUUGAGCAGUGGCCAUAUUUGCAGUGGAGAAGUUCAUUAGUUGCAGAGCACAGCAGGGACAGAGACUUCAAAGUCUGUACCAAUGUUAUAAAACUGAAACAGAUCCUCACAAGCAAUGUCUGGAGCCAAAGGAACGUGGCAACUGAAGUACAUUCUUCUGUAAUGUGGGCUGUGGAUAUGCUGACCAUGUCCCUCCUAUAGUAGUGGCUAAAUUAAGUAAAUAAAUGUUGUAGUAGAGAGUAGAAAAGAGCCAGGAAGUAUGUGCCAUAUGUCCAGUGCCAGGGACAGUCUGAAUGAAAACUUAAGUUGGAUUGUGGAUGCUAUACAUGCUAGUCCAACGUAAGUGGUGACAAAGGCUGGAUGCUGGAUAAGACUUCCGAUUAUUGUUCCUAAAAUCAUGACCCUUUCAUUCAGAAUGUGUUAUGUGUUGUCUCUGCAUGUCAAGUAAAAUCUGCACAAUGAUAGAAAAUUAUUACGAUAUAUUUUUCUUAUCUUUUUGGGUUAAUUAGGCAACAAUGUAUAAAGAGAAAAUUGUAAAGUUGGACAUUUACUGUCAAAGCCAUUGGGAGUAGAUGGAAUACAGUGUAUGCUGGAGGAAUGUCAUAUGCCACAGAAUGCUUAAAAAGUUCAUAUAUAAUACAAAAAAUAGGAACUGAAUAUUAAAAAGCCACACUCCUUAAAAGGGAAUAUGAUAGUAGAGGCUACAGAUCUGCUCAGCAACAGAUCUGCUCAGAAAGGAAUCUGAACCUUGAGCUUUGGGAAGCAAAUCCUUUUCCACAGGAAAAGGAAGUAAGUUUGAGACAUUGAUUACAGUAUACAGAAGAUUCAUCCGCUCAUGGGUGAGGUACAAGGGUCGUAUAGUAACCCUAGGAAGACCAGAAAGAAUGCAGGUGAUAGCAAGAAGGUCCUCAUUGUUGUUGUUGAAAUUUGACUUGUUCUUACCUGUACAUUUUGUGUUAACUUAUUCAUGCCUUUGUCACAAUCUUACUUCUACAUCUUCAUUAUUUCAUCUGUGUACCUCAAAAGUAAAGAAGUUUCAUUUUCCAAAGCUCAAGAUUUGAUAAAGUAGAUAUCGGCAUUAGUAAGUAGAAGUUCUGUGAAGACUAUUUUUCUGUUGUAACUUAAAUAACUGAGUUGCAUAUUGGGAUGGGACCCUUGUGUUUUUUAUUCUACAUGAUCAAUCUGAUAUGUAAUUUGGUUUUGGAAACCUGCAGAUUGGUAUGAAAUCAGAUCUCCAACAAUGAAAUCAGAUCUCCAACAUGUUCCUAACAUGUUUUGCAAGUUUUUCAUUUUUUAUUUUUGUAUUUAAUUGUUCCCUCUAUAAUUAGCUUCAUAUUGGGUGAUUAUGGCUCUUUAUUAUUUGUUUGUCGUAGAAUCUCUCUUCGAUAACUCACUGGCAACAGUUGAAAUUAGAAGCAAAACAUGCAGUAUGUCAGUGAUAUUUUGUUUACUCUUUCAAUAGCUAACACCAUGGCAGCACUGACAUAUGUAGCAAACUUCAACAGGAAGGUUGCUCAAGGUCUCUGAAAAGUCUCUUUCCACUCAGCCUAAAUGAGAGGAAUUGUUUCUCAUGUUACAGUAUCAUUUUAUUUAACUGAACCCUAUCAUUCUUCUCCUUCAGGUUUCUCAUCACAACUGAAUCUGCACUCGUGCACCAUUUCUGCAGAUACAUUUGUUUAUUUUCCUAAAUUCGUAAUUCCAUCCAAGAGUUUCAAUAUCCUUUUCCUCAUUACAGUUAUCAGCUCAAGAGUCUCUCUCUCUCUCUCUCUCUCUCUCUCUCUGUGUGUGUGUGUAUGUGUGUGUGUGUGUGUGUGUUUGUGUGUGUGUUUGUUUGGCAGGUGGGCGUGCGCAUGACCUCUUGAGGACACGCAGUCCUGUGUAUAAUUGUGUAAUUAUUGUAAUUUAGUUUACUAUGACAUUUCAGGGUUUGUGUAAAACUUGCAAAGCUCUGCUUCAUUAUCAUGGGUGGAGAAAGGAAGUGGCCAACCAGUUCCAUUAGGACAUAGGUCAUUUAAGUGGCGCCUGUGGCACAAUACUUAAGCCAAUGCUUGACUCAUGGGAACAGCUGAUUGCUGAAUUAGAGAAAUAAAAGUGAGGAUGAACAGAAAAUGAGGAAGACUUUUAGUUGUUGCAUUUAGCAAUUUGUAGCUCAAACUCGAUGGUCAUGUACUCUACUUUCCUUAAAUGUAUUCAUAUGGAAGAUACACCAUGUCACUACUGCAUCACAGAAGGCUGGUUGUAUUGUAAUCUACCAGAUUCAUUGUUGCUUAGCACUUGGAAUAAUUUUGUCACAAAUCUUUAAUUGAAAGUUUUGUAAAUGAUUGUAUAGUUUUUGAGUUGUACUCCAAUUUUAAAAUGACACAUGGGAAAUGUACUUACCUGAAAUUUAAACCUCUCACUGUCUUUAUACCAUUCAUUACCAAUAAGAAAGUGAUUAAUGUACAUACAUGUUAGGGGUUCGAAAAUCCUUUGUGUUUUAUGAUGUAGAGUAUGAUUUAAAGGAAGAGGUUGGUCAAUGGAAAAAAAUCUAAAUUUAUCUUAGUGUGAUUUCAAUGUGUUAGUUGUAAACAAAGCAAGGACUGUGGGGAUAAUCAGAUUAAUUAACAAUCAUCGAAGUGUAAUACCUAUUAGUUUUGGAAUUGAGAUUACUGGUUCUAUAUAUAACAUUUCUACUAAGAUGAGGCUUGUUAAUCCAGGAGCUUCAACACUUACAUAAGUUGUACUUUCUCCCUUUCUUGUUUGGGGGAACAUUGGCAUUGUAAACAGUUCUCCAAUUUCCUGUAUGGAUAUCUUUCAAGGCCUGUUACUUAUUUACUGGCUCUUGUGCCAUUUUUAGAUUUCCCGGUGAGUAAUUUUUCUUUAUUUGAGUAGGCAUUUAACUUUUUUAAAUGUAAUUUUAUAUUCUCUGUUCGGGUUGUGACUGGUACUUUAAAGGGAAGCAGUGACAGCAAAUCAGAAAUUUGUACAUUUCUGACAUAAAGUGGUUUACUUGAUUUGACAGCAAGCUAGUAGUAAUUUAUUGUAAAGUGUGUUGCUUGCUGUAAUAUUCAUGCAGUGACAUUACAUAUGUCUUUGAGAGUAAAGCCUGAAAUACAGCAUCAACACAUGGGAGUAAAAUAUAUGGUUUAUGUGUUUUUCCUCAUUUAAAACAAAAAUUGUGAAAGCUCUACUGGAAUAUUCAUUGUUUGUAAUUGUGCAGUAAAUGGAUUGCUAUUUGAAAAUAUCUUAAUGGCAGUUCUGACAGUGUUAUUAUCACCAUCAGAAUUUAGAUAUGUCUUCCUAUAAGGAUAGCUGUGCAUAUUUUUUGCUUUUCUGGAUUUGAGAUCCAUUACACAAGAGAUACACUUCAAAAUAUGAUAAAUUGUUACUUUCGAGAUAACAUGAAAUACCAUUACUUAACCUUAUGAUUGUUCUGAAUACAGAUUUGUAAGAAUGAAGUAAAUAUUUCUUAAAACAUGUUUUUAUAAAUUAAAUUUCUUUCAAACCCCAAUGUGCAUCUCAGUUUGUGACAUGAAACUUGAAAUCCUGUGACCAUUUUUAGCUCCUGGCAGCUGCAAUGUUUGCGUUGUCAACAUUUCAUACACCGAUUAACAAGAUAACCCGUAUGAAAAUACCUCUUAUAAGAGUAUUAUUUCAACAGAAAAAUGACAUGGGCUCCAUGGCUUGUGUAGCAUGUUAACACGUAUUUUGAGCAAUAGUUUGCAACUUUCACAGAAUUGAUGGACGUUCAAUUUGUGCAAGAUACUAGCAUAUUUUAUUUGUAGUUUCUUGUCAGUGAUGUCUGACUACACAGUUCAUUACAAGAGAUGCUCCUUGUUUGUAUGGUGUUGCCUCAGACAGUUUGGCAUGGCUGGUUAUUUGUUUUUCUGUUCCUCAGUGGUGCUUAUGCUCUAAAUUAUCCAUUCCACAUCAUUAUAGCAUUCCAGAAUACAUACUGGUACAUUACAGUGUUGUUCAAUGUACCUUUUAGAGAGGCUAAGACAGAUCUCCAUAAUUAUAUGUAUGAGCAGAAAGUGUUCAAAUAUUAAUUCAUAUUAUCUUCAGUUUUAUAGAAAAACGUGGAAGAAUCCAGCACAAAAAGUUAGAAAUGAAAGAUAGGGGGAGCUCCAGUUUCACAAUUGGAUGCACUGUUGUUGAAUAGUUAGCAAUUUUGUAAUGGUACAAUUGUACAUGUGAAGUGUGAUCAGAUACUAUCAUUAAAUUAGCAAGAUAUGUCAGUAUUUACUGCUGCAAAUAAUCAUACAGCAUAAUUCAAUAAAAACAUUGCUCCAUGCACAGCCCAUGAAAGGAAUACUGUACAGCACAGUUAGAAAAAAAGAGAUCUGUUGUUUAUUUUAGUGCAUUACUUUCUAAAACCAGAUAAACCUCUUCAUAUUCCAUAUGAUAACAUACAAACAUUCUAAAAUCUUGUAAAGUUACAACAAAAAUUAUAAUAUUUGUAAAUGUUUUUGAGAGGUUGUUCUGCCCAGUCCUUAACCUUGAUUACUGCAUAAAGAAAAAUGAAUAAAACAGAAAAUAAAUAUUUAAUUUUUUUAUGUUUUUAAUGCCAAUUCUUCAUUUUACUAAUCUGUGAAGAUUGUUGAAUAUUACUUGGAGCUCUCUGAAGUUUUAAGAAAGCUGUUAUGAUGAAAAUUUUCAAUGUUUUGAAAGCAAAUGAACAAACUGUACAGUAUUCACAUUUCUGGAACAUAUUGGAUCUUUUCAUACAGCAGCCUGAAAUUAUCUGAAAAAAAAAGGUUUCUGUGCUUGAGAAAGAAUUAAACCCACAUUCUCUUGUAAAUAUAACUACUUCCUUUUCUCUCUCUGUCGAGUAGUGUGUACAGAAGCCCACAUGUGACUUAAAAAACUCUUUAAUAUACUAUGCAAAUUAUGCUGAACUCACUUUUUAAUCAUCAAAUAAAUUGGCACAACAUAUUUUGGUAGCAUACUUCUAUCCUUGAUUGUCUACAUACAUUUUUAGUUUAAGAAACAUGUUCUAGCUGCAAUUAUUACAUAAAUGUCAAACACCAAAAACUUAAUAUUUCAGAAAAAUCUAUGCCAUAACAAAUUAUUUGAACAGAAGAAGAGGGUACUCUGCUGCCAAAACAUGCCAUGCCGAUUGCUGUGCAAAUAAAAAGUAAUUGAUGUAGAAAGACUGCUGUUUCAGAGAAUUAUGACAUUGCUUAAUGCUGCAUGAUUAUUUGCCAAUACUGGGAAAGGUAGCCUGUCAUCAAAGAAGUUUGAUCAUUUCAUCCAGUAAUUUGAUACAAAUUUGAUACAAUAUUGAAGAAUCUGGUUAGUGCCCAGCCAUUUCCUGUUUGAAUUUUCAAUUUUCAUUCUUCUUCUGCUAUUUUAAUUCUGUUGUAAAUUAAUAAAUAUAAUCUACCAAGUCAAUUAUAACUUGUGCAGACUUUUUUCUUAAAACAUUGUGAGACUGAAAUAAUUUUCAUGUGUUUGAAAAUAACUUUAAAUUCAUGUAAAUUUUACUGUUAGUGGAGUUCGUGAAACUGUUUACUGAUUAUGGAAAUUAAAGAGUCUUAACUUGGAGAUGUUUGCUAACUGAGAAAGUAUAUUUACUUUUUGUGGAACAAAGAAAUAAAAAUAUCCAGUACUGUUAUACAAUGAAGUGUUAAGAGUAUUACUGACAAACUGAUAUGAGAGACAGCACAUGACAUAAUUUGUUGUAGGUACUUUCAUUGCAUCUUUGUAGAAAAAUAUUAGAGCAAAUUAGAGAGAGAACUUUUUCUAUCACUAUAUUGCAGUUGUGUUAACAGCUGCAUGUAGUUCAGAAAUUUGAAUCCACUGGCUGCAUAACAGAAAUAAGUAUAUGAUGGUGUGCAUGCACUGCUGAAUAUUCCUCUUCCCCCCAUCCCCAUAUUUUAAUAUUCCAAACAUUAUUCUUUCUCUUAUAAAGGUAUUAAAACAAACUUGAUCCUUUUUUAAUUUUAUUUAUUCAGAAGGUGAUUUUCACUAUCAGAAGCUCAGAUAAUAAACAGCUAUUCUGAAGUUUGUAUUAGUUCAGCUUCUGACAAUGUCUCUCUGACAUUCAUUUGGCGACUACAAAAUUAAGUCAUCCAUUGCAGUUUGAUGUGUCCUCAUGAGUCAUACAUUUGUGAAAAUAUAUUCCGAGGAGUAGUGUAAGAUCAUUACAUGACUAAGUAUCAGCACAAGGUGAAUUUGUGCAUUUAUAUGUAGGUUAUUUUCCAGUUUUAUUUUUAUGUGUGUAAUUUUUGUAAUGUAAGCUAGAACAAGUUUAGUUGUUGUUUACAGACUUUUGUUGGUACCAGGGGCAAUGAGUUUGACACUGCCGAUUGUUUAAUGUAUGUUUCAAAAAUACCGUGUAUUGUAUUCCAGAUGAAAUCUGCGGUGUAUCCUGAAAGGAUUUUACUGCAGUGAAAUCUCAGUGAUUGGUUGAUUUAUCUGUAAUUUCUUUCACUAUAUUGGAAUGUGGAAUUCAGAAAAUUGAUUACAAAGAUAAACCAUAUCCAUUUUAUUUGCAUUUAGAGACUUGUGAACAUUUUCAGAUAGAAGAAAUGUGUGGGUGGUUUUUUUUUAAUGCAGAUAUGUUACAGUGCUUAUCUGCUUAUGUUCCAUCUUCUUAUGUAAAAAACAAGUUUGGACUGUAUAUUUUAAAGUAUUUUAUUUUCUCUCUGACAAAAAUUUUUGCUGUACCUCAGUUUUGGUCAUACUGAAUGAAACAUCACAGGGCCAAAAUAAUUCUCAUAAUCAGCACACACUGUAUAAAUGCAACUUUACUGCAGAAACUAAGGGACUGACAAAAUAAUUAAGUAAAUUAUUCAUUUUGCACAUGUGUGUGUGUUUUUUUUUUCUAAUCUGCAUAAAAUAGCACCCAGUCCAGUACUGUCAUAAGAACACCAAUGCAGUUUAGUAAUCCAGAUUUUUGUUUAAAAAAGCUACAUUUUUGCGUCACUAUUCUAUGUAAUAGAAUACCAAAUUUAUGUUACUGUAUUUUUAAGUGCAUUCAAAAUGUGCUGCUGUAUAUUUGCUGUUGUUAUUUAGGGCAUAUUUAUGUAACAUAGCUGUAACUGCUGUAAUUGGUGCAUUUUAUAACACUAUUGGUAUUCUAGGAAAGUUACAAUAUUGUAAUUAUUCCAUCUAGACUACAAAUUUUUAAAUAUUUUAUAUGACAAUAUUUUAAGCCAGUCCCUGAAUGUGAUAGCUUUAUGAGAUUUCACUGUAUUGUAAACAUUAAGUACUUCACUCCAGCAAAUGGAAAUGGUAUGUAAUAUUAUUCCAUGACAAUUUAUAAGGUAUUUAUUUUGUUAUUGUUACAGUGUAACCGUCUUUUAUAUAUUCCUCCAGAAAAAUGUAAUCUCAGAAGUAAAAUUAUAUUGUUAAAUUACAUUUUUCAGUGUAUCAUUAAUGUAAAGAGCAUAUAAUUUUUGUAACUUAAAUUUUAUCAAAAUAUUUUAUUUAGAUAAUUGCUGGUACAAAAUAUGAUGGAGUUCAAGUUAAAUAUAUUAAUGGAUUUUGUGACAUAGCGAUGAAAAGUAAGUGAGGUCAUGUAUCUAAGACCAUGUUGACAUAAAAUUAUGUUUCGCUUAACUACUAAACAAAUUUGGUAAAUUUACUAACAGAUGGGAGUUCAUGCAUGAAGCUCAACCAGAUAUUUUCAGUGUAUACAAAGUUUUGUAGUCAACAAAAAAGAUUGGUAAAAUAUACAAAAUACAUUAAUGUAGAUAAAGGAAAAAGGCAUUUAAUUUAUACUUAAAGAGGAAGUGGAUGUUAAUACAUUCAUGCUGUGUUUAAAAAGUUUGCGGAUGUGAAAAUAAAAGUACCUGUUUUAAUACCUUUACUCAUAAAGUUGUUUUCAAAGGCAAUAUAUACUGAUAAUUCUUAGCACAUGAAAUCAGCACACUUUACUUCAACCAAGAAAAUCUAAACAAUUUAGGUAUUUUAUAUUUGCCCAAAUGGAUCUCAAAGGUGCUGAAAACUGAUUGCGAACUCACUCAUUUUGUGUGUGAAUGAAUCUCUUGAAGCCUUUCAUAAUGUAAAAAUUCAGUAAAACUUCUUUUCUCAAAAAUAAUUCUUUGAUUAAGUCAUUGCAAAGCAUACAUGAAAAACUGAUUAAUUUAUGUAGUUUAGAUUUUUUGAUGAAUUAGUACGAUAUUGCAAUGAUUACUUCAACUAUGCCAAAACUCUUCAGGAUAAUAUUACCUCCAAAGUAUCACUAAGUAUUUAUUACAAAAACAUCUCAGAAACUGUGUGGUGGUUUGAUCGUAUUUUAGUUCAAAAUUUAUUUUGUUGAUUUCUAAAACAGGUCCAGUGAAAUCACCUUGAGCUUCCCAUUGCAAAGGAUAAAUCAUUUGCAGCAAGCUUAACUAUCAGUUUUAUUUCUGUAACUUUGACAGUUUCUGAAAACUGUCACAUAGAAUAUACACCACUCUACUUAAAGUUUUAGUAUUCUUCCAUUCUACUCUUUUUAAAGGAUUCAGUUUAGUGAGGUUUGGAGACAAAUCCAGCACUUGGUUCACCACAUGGUAUUUUACCAGAUAUCCAAUCUGUUUGUGCUGGUACAGUCACAUGUACCUACUGCAGUAAUACUGGCCAUAUAUUCAUAAAAAGUGAUACAAUUGUUUUCACAUUUAAGUUUAUUGAAAGCAUCGGCAUAUUUGAAUAUACUGAUUUAGUUCUUUCUGGAACUCAAAAAGGGAAGUGUGUGCUAAAAUGUAGACAUUUCAUCAUUAUUUAUGUAAUUCUGUAGUAUUCAGGACAGUUCAGUGUAGUCUCAAGCAGCCACAUUGCAAACUUGAAGGAUGUUUAAGACCGACAUAUGUCACGUACAUUACAUUUCUUACAUAUUUGCAAAGUAUAAGAUUUCAGUUGCUUAGAUGACCUUUUUAUUUCAGCUGGUCCCUCACAACAAACUUUUACUAAAAAAUAACAGCAUAUGUGUCCAAAAAAUGUAUGCACAAGAUCUCCAUGUAGCACAGGACUGCGUAGGAAAUGAUUCUACAUUGGAAUAACAAUUUUAUUGGUGUGUGCUUAUAUGUGUACAUUCCACAGAACUCAUUCAUGUGAAAAGGAUUAUUUUGAAAACAUAAUAUGUAAAUCUAUUUGAAAUAAAAUUGAGAAAAGUUUAA